AAAAUCGUUUUAUUUUAUUGUAAUGAAAUAGAAUUUCAUUAUCUUUAGAAGAACUUAUUACUAAUGAAUGAUAAAAUUAUUUCGUACAAGGAUACAACGAUAGAGGCGACCGAGAAUGAUAACGAUAGUGAAAUCAUAGAGGAGAAAAUAAAAAAUCCAAAAUUAGAUGAUUUCGAAUGUGUUGCAACAAAGUCACCAAUUACAGUCAAGUGUAGUAAAAUUCCUCGCGCGAAAAUUACUAUUUUUCCGGCUCAUACGCUUCACGAAUCUCACGCGGUAAUAUAUUUUAAUUAUAAAUAAAAGUCAGUUAAUGUAUAUAAUAUAAUGAAUUAACAUAAACAGCUUGAACAAUAAUUAUUAUUGAACAAUAAAUAAUUAUUUACACGAUAGGCCAAGUUGAAAAUAAAGGAAUCUCUUCACUUGAAACAUCCGACGACUGGUAUCGACAUUAUUGAGAUCACGGACAACGAGAUGAAAAAAGGAUGCUGUAAAGAAGAAAGUAAAAAAGAUGUGGUUCGUUUUGACUGCGAAAUACCAAAAGAAACAAAGUACGCGUGAUAAACAUAGAAAUCUAUUUAAAAAAAAAAGAAAAGAUACAUUAAUGUAUUCAGGAGCAUUGCAUUUUAUUCAGAAUAGUUUGGAACAAAGAUGAGACUUCGACGUUAGAGGCGGAUGAAGAGUGUCAUGGAAUGACGUCGACCGACGAAUCCCCUCUUUUUAGCAGCAUCGAUGAUCCCCGUGUUUUAACGAUCUUACGAAGUUUGAAACUAAACUGUCCUUGUAGAUCAUGUACCGAACAAACUCUGCCUUUGAGCAUUCGACAAGAAGAUGACAGCGAUUUAAAGAGUUCAUCUCCGGAAGAAAUUAGAAAGAAAAAAUGGUCGUUGAAACAUCGAAAAUAUGUUUAUACAAGUACCGAAGAUAUGGAUGUUUCAUCUGAUUGUAGUAAAAAAGGAAGGAAAAUUCGAUAUAAAUCGAAGAAUAUUCUGAAUCAGCGUAUUAAAGCAAGUUCGAUAAUACACACAACUCCGAAAAUUUCUCAUCGUCGACGAACAAGUUUUUCCUUUUUUAACACUCUUUUUGAUAUUGUUUUUUGGCCUUAUCUAUUUCUGAAAACAAAUCGGUGAAAGCUUAUUUUUUUAUUAAAAAAAAAAAAAAA